CGUGCGUGCGUCACAGACUCAGCGCUCAGGACGCAUACGUCACCACGCACGGCGAGCGCUUUUGCAGUCAGACUGCUGGGCCUGGCUGAGGGAGGAGAGAGUAAAGGAAGGAUGGAGAAAGACUGAGAAGAGGAGGAAGAGAAGCGUCGGGGGAACUCUCUGUAUUUUCUCGUGUCAGUCUUAAUAACAGCAGCAGCAAAAAAAAUGAGCCGAGCGGCAAGAAAAUGUAUUUAAAGAAAUCACAUAGCGACGGCGCUACCUCUCGUUUAAAUGGAAUCGGGAAGCAAGAUCAUGAGUCUAAACGGAAGAGGAAGAUGGCUGAGAUUUCUCAAGCCCUGACCACGACUCCCGUGGACGUGGCGGCGCUGAGGCGCAUGGCAAUCAGCGAGGGGGGGCUCCUGACGGACGAGAUCCGCUGUAAAGUGUGGCCCAAACUGCUGAACAUCCAGACCGAGGACCUGCUGGACAAACCAGGAGCGGCACUGCGAGAAAACAACAAAGACUACCAGCAGGUGCUGCUGGAUGUGCGGCGGUCACUGCGUCGAUUCCCACCUGGGAUGCCGGAUGAGCAGCGGGAGGGGCUGCAGGAGGAGCUCAUCGAUAUCAUCCUGCAGGUCCUGCUUGGGAACCCCCAGCUGCACUACUACCAGGGCUACCACGACAUCGUGGUCACCUUCCUGCUGGUGGUGGGAGAGAAGCUGGCCACAGCACUGGUCGAGAAGCUCUCCACACAUCAUCUCAGGGAUUUUAUGGACCCUACCAUGGACAACACUAAACAUAUUUUAAACUAUCUGAUGCCCAUCAUAGAGAGGGUGAACCCAGAAGUGCACGAUUUCAUGCAGAGGGCGGAGGUGGGCACCAUCUUUGCUCUCAGCUGGCUCAUCACGUGGUUUGGACACGUCCUGUCAGACUUCAGACACGUGGUCCGGUUGUACGAUUUCUUCCUGGCCUGUCAUCCCUUGAUGCCCAUUUACUUUGCGGCUGUGAUCGUGCUGUACAGGGAGCCGGAGGUCCUGGAGUGUGAGUGUGACAUGGCCUCGGUACACCACCUCCUCUCCCAGAUCCCACAGGACCUGCCUUACGAGACCCUCAUCAGCCGAGCCGGAGACCUCUUCGUCCAGUUCCCCCCCUCGGAGCUGGCCCGCGAGGCCGCGCAGCAGCAGAGCCAGAGGACGGCCGUUUCAACAUUCAAGGACUUCGAGCUGGUCUCUGCACAGCAGCGUCCGGACACGGUGCUCAGGCGGCGCUUCAAGGAGCAGCUUGCCAAGGAGGUGGAGAGCAAGGCUGUGAUGGCCAGACCAAGGAGCAGUCGCUUUGUGAAGCUAGCGGUGAUGGGGCUCACAGUAGCCCUGGGUGCUGCUGCUCUGGCGGUGGUCAACACCGCGCUCCAGUGGGCUCCCAAGAUCGACCUGCAGCUUUUCCCUUAACUGGAGGAAUAUGUUUUUCUUUUUGUGUAGUCCCUUUUAAAAAAUGUCCCAAAACUGCUUUGGGAAGACUGUAUUUAUCCUUCAUUUGAAAGGACAGUGAAUCAUUUUCUAUUGCAGCAGUGACGUCUGGAGCUGCCUUUCAUUUCUUUUGAUGUUUCCUAGAGACUCCUGAUGUAGCUGAAGGCUUGGAUUUCUUCUCCUCGUAUUUUAAGCAGCAUUAACACAUUUUGAAUUUGCGUUGAAGAGAAAGCAACACCAGGAACCCCUUAUUAGGCAGAAAGAGACGUUAUUGGCCUAUGUGACAAAUAUUCAUGGAUUGCAUAUGUACAGGCAUAGUGAAGUGGCAAUACAUCAACUUUUUACAGACCAAAACAAAUCUUUAGAACUAGUAUUAUCUCUUUUAUUUUAUAGGUUUUUUUUGCCCCCUCACUUGCAUAAUGAUAUAAACAUGCAUAUAAUGAUUUAAUGACCAUACACGAGGUAUUUAUACACUGUAGAUUUAAAAAUAUGGAAAUUAUAUAGGGAUUUAUCAGACUGCUAACUGAUUAUGAUUUGACAACAGUGCAUACCUGUAACAUUUCAGUUAGAAGCCCAAACUAUGUAUUUCUCCAUUACCCAGGAGGUCCAGUUUCCUUGGAAGCUUUUCCUGUUCUUCCCCACCCUGAACAGACCAUUCACCCGGAAGCACAGCUUUACCAGAACUGUCACUGCUGAUCCCGGACAGCUUUACCAGAGUAACUGUCGCUGCUGAUCCUGGACAGCUUUACAGAGUAACUGUCACUGCUAAUCCUGGGCUUGUGCAGCAGGCUGUGCUGCGCCUGCUUAUUCCUGUAGUCUCACAAUAAGGAAGGAGAGCUUGUGCCGUGUAGCAGCUGGCUGUUGGAGUCCCCCCGGUUUAACACUGUUAAGCAUGCAGGAAGUGUAUACCCGCAAGGGCGUACCUGUGACAGGUGUACUGCUGUACCAUGAUCUCUUUCAUACACUGCACUGCAAUAGCCGUCUGCUGGUCUUUCUCAGACCUCUAGAAAGGUCUGCAGUAUUGAAACAGUUUGGAGCUUUGAACACUGCAAUUGCCAAACGACUUCAGCCCUUAUUGCCAAAGCUGGUAGUCCUGUAGACGUCUGUGUUAUAAUGAUCAUUUCUAAUAUGACUUGAAUACAGGUGGGUAUUUAACUUUCUUUAAAAGAUAAUGUGUAACAAGUUAAAGGUUUUGCAUCAUGGAUGUACAGCAGUGUGUAUGUGGAAUAUCCAUAACGGUCACGAGUGCAAAUGAACUCGAUUGGGUUCUAGAAUGUUUUGUGAAAAUGGAAAUUAGAAGAGUUCCUUCUGCAAGAAUCCUCGUAGUGGUGCCUGGAUGGUUUGGAACAUCUAAUCCCAGCGUUUUCUAAUUCAUGCCCCUUCGGGCUCCCGGCUGCAGACUGGUGCUGCUGUCAGGCAUGUUAGUGGAGGGUUGUUUCCACCACAGCAUGUCCAUUUGCACCUUCGCCUGUCAUCCGUCCUCCACUGGCACUCGUGAUAAUCUUUCCUAUGGAAGCAGGCAAACCCUUUAUACUUUCAUUCCUGGAAUCGGCUGCUGUUUAACAGCUGGCUCAUGGUAACAAGAGCACGCACUGUUCAAAUGAAUUCAUGCAGCUUUCAGCUGGUAGGACUUUAAAAAGAAGAAGAAAAAAACCAUUGCACAAACAGACUCUUUUUAUUCCAUAGCAAGGCACUGUAUGACUGAUUUUGUUUAUGUACAUUUUUAUCUGUUGUCUUAUCAUGCUGAUUCUAUCCAUGAAAUGAAAAGUUAAAACAUUACACCACUUCAAUAAAAGUUCAGAUAACUGGG